AUAUUGGAAACAACCAAUACGAAGGGUACAAUGAUUGAUAGUGGCACAACAUUGGUCUACCUUCUGUUGAUAGGGAAUUAAUGCUUGAGGUAUUUGCCAAGCAUAAGAACAUAACAUUGCGAGAACUUGAUGAUCUUGAAUGUUUUGAGUAUUUUGACAGCAUUGGUGAUGGAUUUCCAAAGAUAACAUUUAAAUUCGAGGGUGAGCUUACGUUGGAGAUCUAUCCAUAUGAUUACUUUUUUGAAUUUGAGGAUGCUUCAAAGGAUGUUGGGAUGGGGGAGGAUGGGGUGAUUUUGGGAGGUUCCUCUAGCAUUAAAAUUAAGGAUGAAGAGACUGGGGCAACUUACACUCUCAAUGCGGACAACAUCUCUUCUGGUUAGAUAUUUCAGUGGCACAUGCACCAGAUUAUGCUGCUAGUAAUAAUGGUGUCAAGCUAUCUAGUAUCCUAACUCUGAUGUGCAACAAAAAUAUCUAUUUUUUUCAAUGAUAUGGAUUCCAUUUCCUACGACAACCAUACAAUCUAUACUUUCUCUGCGAC